UUUUGUGUAACGGUGUUCUUUCAAGAUUCUAGAAGCUCCUCAAACAAUUAAUUGAACGUUUAAGCCUUCUUUUGCUUCUAAAACCCUAACAAGUGAAAAGCCAAAGCAAAUAAACCUCAAACUUCUCUGCAGCGUCCUUCGUGUCGUGUGUGUUCCAAAUGGCGAAGCGUUUGGUUCCUCUGUUCAACCGUAUUUUGGUUGAGAAAAUCAUCCCUUCAUCAAAAACCAACACUGGGAUUCUUUUACCAGAAUCGUCCACCAAGUUGAAUUCUGGAAAAGUUAUUGCUGUUGGUCCUGGAGUUCAUGAUAAGGAAGGGAAGCUAAUUCCUGUGACUGUAAAGGAAGGUGACACGGUCCUUUUACCUGAGUAUGGAGGAACUGAAGUGAAGCUUAAUGACAAAGAGUAUCAUCUUUUCAGAGAUGAUGAUAUACUGGGGACACUGCACGAUUGAUGUUCUAUAAUUGUUCUUGUUAUCUUUAACUAUUUGGUGGAUUCAGGCCUUAGCAAUUUAAUUGUUACGCGUUACAACACAUUCGAGCAGUUCCAUGCUGUUGUAAUUUUGAUACAUUUCUACGUUGUUAUUGAGGAAACCCCUUUUUUUUUUUUUUUUUUUUUUU